AUGGACGCAGCCAAGCUGUGUGAGUUUGUGGCGGACAACCUCAAUAUAUAUUCACACUGGAACAGGCUCGGGACGGAUCCCACGCCAGCCGCGAUUGACAGUACCGCAGACUUUCUUAUGGAGCCAGGAACCCAGAUCCAAGUCAUCAGUACCGGACUGCCCUGUACGGGCACUGUAUUAUUCAGCACUGCCUUGACCAUCUUGCUCAAUAGCUCUGUCUACUACGGCGGUACCCAGACAAUACGCGGCCCACCCUCUGAGUUGAAAUUAUGGGUUCGUAUCCUCCGUGUAUGGCUGGAGGGCGAGAAGCGCACUGUCUUGUCCCUUAUCGAACGCUGUUUUAAUGGCUAUACAGCCAUUACCGACAUCUCCGGUUGUCAGCUCCUCCCCGAGCUGCUGAAGCUUUGCCUGGAUACUAAAGUUGUAUGUACCGUGUGCGAUCCGUUUAAUUCAGUAAAGAAGAUCAGCGAUACACUUCCCCAGAGAGAAAUCUAUUCCAGAUAUAUAACUUGGCUGGAGAAGAAUAUACCCACCGAUUAUCUUAUAUUUUUUGAUAUUCAAGAGGGUUGGGAGCCGCUGUGUAAAGCGCUAGGCAAAGAUAUCUCUACAGAUAUACUCUUCCCGUAUAUCAAUAAUUCUGAGCAGAUUAUAUAUACUGCGAAGUAUUAUAUUUAA